AUGCCAAGAAAGAAGUCUGCUGCCAAAAAGGCUAAGGAAGCUAAACAGAACUUGAAAGAACAAGUCGUCGCACCAGUUAAGGAUGUUGUCAAAGAAACCCCUGUUUCUGAAUCGGAUGAGAGCAGUUCCAGUGAGAAUGAAGAUGAAUACGGUGAGCUAAUUACUGAAGAAGUUGAAGACGGUAUUAAUAACGUUAUCUCUGCUAUUAGAAAUAACGACAUGGAUCAGUUAUUGAAUGGUGAGGUGAGAUUUUUUGAAGACCCUGAAAAUGCUGUAAAAGCACUUGGUACAGUUGAAAAACAGAAGCCAAUUUACUUGAAAGAUUAUCAUAGAAUGAACUUAUUAAAUGGUGAAACUUUCAAAGAUGACGAAAGUGAUCAUGAUAUGGGCGAGGUUGAACAACCAUAUGCUGAACAGCAAAUUACAGAGAAGAAAAAGUUACUGGAUGAAAUUAAAAAUGCUUUUGAUGGAGAAGACGAGGAAAAUAGUUCGAAUUCUGACGAUGAUGAAGGGUUCUUGAAGAAGAAAGUCUCUCCAGAGGCUACGAAAUCUGAAAGAGUUCAUUUGCCUGACCCAUCCAAGAAUGAAGAAGCAUUCUUAGAUGAAUUCAUCAACCAACAAGCUUGGAUUCCAAAGAAAGGUGACAAGGUGAUGACUGGUGAUGGUGAAAUGAAAAUUGAAGAAGAUGACGAAGAAUUUGAAGAUGCAGUUGAGCAAUUUGAACACGCCUAUAAUUUCAGAUAUGAGGAUCCAAACGCAGCAGAAAUUGUUUCUUAUGCUCGUAAUCAAGCCACUUUGAGAAGAUCUAACAAUUCGUCUCGUAGAAAGAAGAGAAAUGAAGAAAAAGACAUAAAACAAACUGAAAUAAAGAAGAAAGACGAAGCAAUCCAGAAAAAGAAAACUGAAAAAGUUCAUAAAUUAACCGAUGUCUUAAACAUGAUUAAAAAAGAAUAUGGUGCUGAUAUUGAUGAAAAUAUGGUGAAAAAGAUUACUAAUACUUUAUUAAAUAGCGAUUACAAGGAUAAUGAAUGGGAUCAAGUGGUUGCCGAGUUAUUUAAUGACGAAUUUUAUAAUCAAAAAUCUAAGCCAACUUGGGAUGAUGACGAUGAUUUGUUAAAGGGAAUUGAUAUGAGCGAAGAUGGAAGUGAAGAUGAAGAUGAAGGCAAAAACGAUGAAGACACUCCAGUGGCAACUAAGUCGAGAAAAGAAAGGAAGGGUGAGAAGAAAUCAAAGAAAUUAGAAAAAAAGAACUUGACCAAACUUGUUGAAAAUGCUGUUGAACAAAAUAAAUUAUCCCUUGUUGAAGAAUUUGAGCAAGAACAGGAAGAGAGAAAGUCAAGAUCUCGUUCCAAAGAUGAUGAUAAGCCAAGUUUCCGUUAUCGUGAAGUUUCUCCAGAAAGUUUUGGUUUGACUACUAGGGAAAUUUUCAAUGCAGAUGAUACACAAUUGAAUCAAUUUAUUGGUUUGAAGAAAUUUGCUCCAUACAGACCAAAAGAAUUGAGAAUGAAGGACAAGAGAAAGGUUACCAAGUCUAAAAGAAUAAGAGAAUGGAGAAAAGAAGUCUUUAAAAAUGAGAAAGGUCUUGGAGAAACCGAUGAAAUCGAAAUCCCUGUAGAGAAAUCAAAAGCAUCGCAUCAUCAUCAUAAAUCACAUAAAAAACGCAAGCAUAACAAUCAUUAG